CUAUCUUUGCGCCUGCUGAAUGACGCUGCACGGCGUUUAAUAAUUUAUUUUUCUUGUAACCGAUUUAGAUUUGGUACCUAUCGUUACAGCAGCUUUUGGCUGAACGAGUCGUCUAACAAGCUUGCUUUUGGUAUCGUAGCUUCGACAAGCUGUUUGUAAGUUUUUCUAAUUUUAAGGAACGCGUACCGUACCGUACCUCGUAAUUAUUAUAUUAACUACCUAGAACUAAUGUUUGGGACGUCGAGGUGAAGAAGUGAAGAAGUCGAAUGCGCAUCGCCAGGAGCUGAGCUGCACAUUUAAUAUCUGCAGAGGGCGACGCCGUCGUAUUCGUUGAUUCUAUCCGCCUUACCAAAAAAACAAAAAGUCGAGCCUUACUCUAAUCCUCUUCCAUAUACGAACCUCGUUAUUACUGUACCUUAUUCGCCCUUCUUAAAAAAUCAAGGGCCACGGUCGCUAAAUCGUUCGGUCGAGCCCUUUCGUGAUCGCAAUUUUGUCCAUCUCGUUCCCGACGCCGCCCGCCUAUUAAUUUACACUUCAACCGAAUCCUCCUACCUACAUUACAUCCCGCAAGCCAUUGCGUAUAUUCGCCAAUUCCUUACACAAUUUAUUUGGUAUUAGGUACUUGUUAUAUAAGUCUAUUACAAUAACAGGAGGAAGCAUGGCUGCGCGACCUACUACCCCGGCGUCGCCUAAAAAUGUCAAGAUUAACUCACCCACUCCCGGGAUGCCUCUAUUUGGCUGUGAGCAUGUUCAACUACUCCUAUCCAACAAUCCAGAUGUUAUAAACAACUCGAUCCAGUACUAUAAGAUGCUACUGAGGGUCAUCUUCGACGGCAACCCCUUGGUGCCUCAGACUUCCAAGGGUCUCGAUGGCGUGAUAACAACAUCUCUGACCCCAAACUACCUUUGUUUGCAGUGUUCUGCCAUCGUGCCCGAGGAAGAACGAACGAAGCACGGAAAUAAGAAGAGCCACCGGUUUUAUGUGGACUCGAGAAGUGGUUCAUUAUUUUGCCAAGUGUGUGAAGACUUCGUAUGGGAUCCAACCUUGGAUGAUCUAAGAAUAAGAAAGAUGGGCACUGGGUCAUUCUCAAGUCGCAAGAGAAAACACGAAGAGAUGUUCUCGGAUGCCGUGAAAGAUCCUUUAAAAGACGAUCCCAGAUACAUAUCAUCAAACACGACCAUUGCAUCCUGUCGAGCAGACGGCCUUCGAGGAAUCUACAACGCCGGCGCUACAUGUUAUCAAAACGUUGUCCUGCAGAGUUUUCUUCACAAUCCCCUGCUGAGGAACUUCUACUUGAGCGAUGGGCACCAGAGCAGCGACUGUCAAGUCCCCCACUGCUUAAGCUGCGCCAUGGAUGAUAUGUUCCAAGACUUCUAUGCCCUCGAAAAUACUAAUGGUUAUACGGCGGCUAACAUAUUAUCCGGAUUUUGGAUAUCCGAAAAGAAGGCGUUUGAGAAUCUAGUCACAACCAAGGAGCAGGAUGCACAUGAAUUCUUCCAGUUCCUAGCCGAGGAGUUGCACGAGAGGAAUGGGGAUGGCAAGAAGCCAGAGACGGGUAGUGAACAUAGCUGCAAUUGCAUCAUCCACCAGACCUUCUACGGCAAACUCCAAAGCCAGACGACUUGCCAGCAUUGCGGCGGUGUUACCAAUGCGAUAGAAUCCUUCCUCGACUUAAGUCUGGGAUUGGAGAAUCUGUCCCAAAAGAGGGGCAAGAAGGCAUCUAAGAGCGCGGCGUCGCUAACGCUGCAAGAGUGUCUCGAUGAAGAAUACAUCAAGUCUGAUAAAUGCGAGUAUCGCUGUAGGAACUGCAAUUCGUCACAACAGGCUCGGAGAGACCAUAGCAUCAAGCUUCUGCCGAACGUGCUCUCUAUACAGCUCAAGAGAUUUGAGUUCAAGCAGGGCAGUCGUGAUCGGGUUGCAUCAAAGAUCAGCACGAAGGUACAAUUCCCGCUGCAACUGAACAUGCUUCCAUAUACGACGCGUGGUCGAACUGCAGACGCUCGCGAGAGUCAAGAACUCAGACGAUCCUGUACAUAUGAUCUAUUGAGCGUUGUCGAGCACGUCGGAGAAAUUGAUACGGGACACUACGUAACAUAUUCUCGAGUCGGAGAUCAAUGGUUUUCGUUCAACGACCAUAGAGUUGAACUAGCCAAGAAAUCCGACGUCCUGGGUAGCCAGGCUUAUCUACUAUUCUACAUCAUCCGUUCACUGGCGUAAAGGAAGCGAAGGUGGUGGCAUAUUGCUAUUAUCGACGGCAAUCAAAUAUAUUGGAACGGAGUCGAACGGCGGUAUUUUUGACGACGCAUUUACACGGGUUCGGGGGGCGCGAUGACUUUACGUUUCACUUUUCUUUUUUCUGCUUCUAUUUUUGUUCCCUCCCGCAUCAUCUGUUUGAAUAAGAUAGAGAGAAGCAGCGCAUAGAGAACACUACGGACACACCUCUAUUUCUCGAGGGAUGGCCCAAGUCUCUUUCUCGUCCUAUUGACUAGCGGGUAUUUUGCGGUGUGUUUUUAUAUCGAUAUAGACACUUAAAAUAGCAACAGCGAAAUGGAAACACCGCUAGUCGGCUCGAAGAUCAUUUCUAGUUAUCGAAAGCAUAACUAAAGUUAAAGCCAAGGUUAGGUACCUAGGUAUCUAUCUAGACUCCGUAGCUUUGAUAUCGAAGUGUUUGAUCUGAGCUACACACUUCCACGUAGCAAUGGGCGUACCUAAUGUAUACUAACUACCCUAACCUAGUAGUUACGCGGCAGAUGGAAAUAG